AGAAGUUGUCAAUGACAGUCGUCCAAGCUUUAAUUGUAGAACCUUAUUAUAAUUUUGCCGGGUCGCUUCUUUCAUUCAUCAGCUGUGGUUCAUAUUACGAGGUCAAAAUUUUUAUGCGCACGUGUGUUUCUGGGCGUUUGCAAAUCCUUUACUUGUCUGUCAUUGCAUUUUCAAGUAUAGUCAAAAGUGAUCGGAAGUCUUAGUGAAAAAGCAUUUACUACUGCGCGUUUAAGUUUGAAUAAAAAAUGUCUGCUAAUUCGGUGCUAUUGGAUUUUUCAUUGGAUCCUACCCGCAUCAGUGAUGAGGUGUCCCGGAAAGAUAUUGUAAAGCAGUGCAAGGAGCACCUGGAAAAAUAUCUGCCAGGAUUAAAAAUAACCUACGACAUGCUGACGGAUGAUGGCUAUCUGUGUAUGCUCACAGCACCUGGUGCCAUUGUUACGACGAUUCGUUUCUUCAAUCAGGGGCUUAUUACAAUUAACAUCGAGUAUUACAGAGCAGAGUGCGAAGCUCCAAAGGUUUCUUUCGAACAAAUCAAAUCGUUAGAGAAUGUUUUGCGCCUUAAGUUGGAAGCAAAACGUUCUAAGCACCUUCCACCGAUAAAAAGAGGCAGUAACGUUGAUGUUUACCUAACAAGCUCAGAUGAACGCGUUAUUGAAUAUGACAUCGAUAAGGUGUUGUACGACAAACGAUCAGAUUUCCAAAAAAUUCAAAUAGUCCAUUCCAAAAGUUUGGGCAAUAUGCUCGUCCUUGAUGAACUCCAAAAUAUAGCGGAAGCCGAUCUGAUUUAUACAGAAACGUUAAUGCGUCGUGGUGUGGAAAACUACAAGGAUAAGGAAAUCUGCAUUCUUGGUGGCGGCGACGGCGCAUUGUUAUAUGAACUUCUCAAAGAAAGCCCGAAACAUGUACUUAUGCUUGAAAUAGAUGAGCUUGUUAUGCAAGCGUGCAACAAGUACAUGAAUUCGAUCUGUGGUGACGUGUUGGAAAGACGCAAAGCCGAAAAUUACGAAAUUAUCGUCGGCGAUUGCAUGGUUUAUUUGAGCAAGUACAUUAAAGAGAAACGCAAAUUUGAUUAUGUUUUUGGUGAUUUAACUGAUAUUCCUAUUUCGGAUACACCAACUGGUGAAAUAUGGGAGUUUAUUCGCUCAAUCCUGGAAUCUUCUUUCCAAGUUUUGAAGCCUGGUGGCAAAUUUAUGACUCAUGGGAAUGGAGUCAGCUGUCCAGAAUCACUUCAAAUGUAUGAGGAACAACUAGCCAAAUUAUCACCUAAGGUUAGUUUUACCAAAUGCUCUGCAUUCGUUCCCUCAUUUAUGGAAGAAUGGGUUUUUUAUCAAGUACAACGUGAAAUGGAUGGUGCAGUUAACGUUUGACUCCAGAAUCUAGCUGGUAUUUCUCGUGAAUUUAUGACUUAUGCCAUUUUGCAUCUAUACUCGAACUGUUGGCGUAACCCAUUGGUAUUUGUAGAUUGCAAAUAUUCACCUUCUAGUAUCUAUAGUAUCAAUGUCAAAACAUUUAAGACGUAACAUUUUGUAGUCAUUUAGCACCUUACUAUCCAGCUUCCAGAAUGAGCAUAUUAUUUGUCUAAAGUUAAAUAACUUUCUCGACCGUUUGGUGACUGGUCAUGAUCUAUUUGUAUUUUUAUGUUUAUAGGUUUUUUAAUAAGUUGAUAUUUGUAAAAAGCACAAAGCAUUUACGUUGUACUUACAUACAUAAAACAACAGAAAGUCGAAUAGUUCCUUUAAUUUUUAUUUAAUCGUUUUAUAUAGCGUCGAAGUUUUUUUUUUUUUUUCGAGUGACAUACAUAGAUGUAUUCGAAAAUAAAGCAGAUAAUAAUUGUACUACAUAAACCAUAUGUUACACUAGUAGCAAAUACAACUCAAACUCUUCUUCUCACUGUUGCUAAACAGGAUUGUCAUUGUUUGAAAUACAGUUUUCAAAUUAUUUCAUA